AUGCCUCCCCCCGCCCCCCAUCUCCCCUUCAAGGUCCACGAAACCGUCAAACUACUCCUCACAGAGCCCGAACUCAGCAUCUACAAACGCCGACACAUCAUCUGCAAAAUCGACGAAAUCAACCCCUCGCACACCCGUGUCCAACUCAUCAGCGGAUGGGGGGUCAUCGACGAGUGGUUCCCCCUUGACAGGGUGGUGGCUGCGGAGGAUAUGUUCUUCAAUCCGGUGAAGGGCGCAGCGUACAUCAAACUAGACCUGAGGAGGGCAUUGAUGCAGGAUCGAAGUUAUGGGUUUCGGAAUGGAUCACACUCUGAGACAUGUACCAACUAUGAAGAUGAUGCUGUCGAUCCUGCUGCCUAG